CGCCCCAGCCCGCUCCUCGUCGGCCCGGCGGCGCGGCCAUGGCCGGGUGGCGGCGGCGGCGACCCGAGGCCCACGUCGGGGCCCGCGGCGCGCUGGCGCUGCUGGCGCUGGCCCUGUGCGCCCCCGGGGCGCGCGGCCGGGCGCUCGAGUGGUUCUCCGCCGUGGUGCGCACCGAGUACGUGGACCGGCAGGCCAACCGCACCAUGGCCGACGUCUCGGAGAGCGGCCGAUUCGGCGACAGCUCGCCCAAGGAGGGCGCGCAGGGCCUCGUGGGCGUCCCGCUCGGGGCCGACCUGGAGGGCUGCGCGCCAGACACUCGCUUCCUCGUGCCCGCGCCCGGCGCCGGGGCCGCGCCCUGGGUCGCCCUCGUUGCGCGCGGGGGCUGCACCUUCAAGGAGAAGGUGUUGGUGGCGGCGCGGAGGAACGCCUCGGCCGUCGUGCUCUACAACGAGGAGCGCCACGGGAACCUCACCGGACCCAUGUCCCACGCGGGAACAGGAAAUAUAGUCGUCAUCAUGGUUAGCUACCAAAAAGGAAGAGAAAUUUUGGAUCUGGUGCAAAAAGGGAUUCCAGUCAAUAUGACUAUAAAGGUCGGCACGCGUCACGUACAGGAAUUCAUCAGUAGUCAGUCUGUGGUGUUUGUCGCCAUCGCUUUCAUCACCAUGAUGAUUAUCUCAUUAGCCUGGCUAAUAUUUUACUAUAUACAGCGUUUCCUAUAUACUGGCUCUCAGUUUGGAAGUCAGAGCCACAGAAAAGAAACAAAGAAAGUUAUUGGCCAACUUCCACUUCAUACUGUAAAGCAUGGAGAAAAGGGAAUCGAUAUUGAUGUUGAAAAUUGUGCAGUGUGUAUUGAAAAUUUUAAAGUAAAGGAUGUUAUCAGAAUUCUGCCAUGCAAGCAUAUUUUUCAUAGAAUAUGCAUUGACCCAUGGCUUUUGGAUCACCGCACGUGUCCAAUGUGUAAACUUGAUGUCAUCAAAGCCCUGGGAUAUUGGCUAGAGCUUGAGGAUGGGCCUGAGACCCCUCCUCCAGAACCUACCCCAGGAAGUGUUUCGGCUGCUAAUUUGAAUAUUACUGUACCAGAGGAGGACAGAAGUGAUGUGACCAACUUACCAUCGUCUUCUACUAGUGAGUCUGUGCCGCAAUGUGAUGCCAGUUUUAAGGAAGAUGCAGGGGAAAACACAGCCUUAUUAGAAACAGGCAGGCGAGACCUUCAGCGUGGAGGACCUGUCUCCUAGCAUACGUCCCAUGGAUGCAUCAGACAGCACUUUGGCUUGAAUUAAAGGAUGUUUUAUUUUUUUUUUUCACUUUAGCACAUAGCUUGUAUAUUUGAAAAUAAUGUACAUUCUUUUAUCUUCCAGAUUCUGAUUUGAUAUACAAAAGGCUAAGCUAUUUUAUUCUUAGGAAGACUGAUUGGUCUUCAUAUAUUUAUCUACUAAAGUAUAUCAUUUAAAAUGAGCAGUCAUUUAGAUUAAUACAGGGACUGCUAGGGGAGGAGCUGUAGUGUCAAAGGGAGGUGGUGGUUCUCAGUGUUAGGCUAGCGCCUGCGGUACUAUAAAAACUAACUCUGUUUCUCAAGGAUAGUUUUAGACUAAGCACACUUACUUAGACUAGCUGAAAAGGAGUUUUGGAAUUAAAUUUAGUAAUCAGUCAUGAGUUUUCCCUAGAGGAAAAUCUGUUUUAGAACAUUAAACUUGUAAAUGACAUGAAAGAAAUCUAUAGCUUUCUUGCACUUCUGUGUUAUAUAUGAUGAUUUCAAAACCUAAGGAUAUUUUUUCAUUGUUUUCUAUUUGGAGUUAUGACUAGAUGUCUUCAGGAUUUGCAUUUUUCCCUGUUAUUACCUAACUUCUUGUGAUAGCUUGACGGGGAGUGAGAUUUGUUCAUUUUUUUCUACAAAUAAAAAAAUAAGAUUCUGUAUCACACAUGAGCAUUAAGUUCUUCAUUGCCUUGUAAAGGAAACCAAGUAGGCAUACUGUGAUUUUGGGUAAAUGAUGAAAAUACAUGGUAUUAACUAUAACCUUUACAAUUAAAAGGUAGUGGAAAAGUUUGAUUUUUAUUGUUGCAAAAAUAAUUUUAAAGCAGACUUUCUAAAUUCUUUUACUCAUUUCUUUUUCUUAUUUUUAGGUUAAAGAAGCAGGCUAAUGUAAAGCUUUUGGAGAUGACUCUGUUUUUAAAAUAAUUACAUAGGUAAACAUACACACACCCUCUCAACCUCUGAGAGGUAAAAGUGGAAAUGAGGGAAGAGUUAUUUAGAACUCAGAAUUGUAGUCUUUGAUUGCUUCUACACUAGUUAUUGUCUAUAUUCUUUAUUUUGUGGAUAAAAAUAAUGAGAAAAAUAUAAUUUAAAAAAAUUGAAGUAUUAUAGCCAAAUAUAAGAUAGAAAGGUUUAUGUAGCUCAUUGUUUUCAAGCUAUUUAACACACUUUGAUUCCAGCCACUGAUAGUGAAAUACUUGAGUAAACAGUUCUACUUAAAUUGCGAGUCUGGAGUCAACGUGAGGAGCUGAAAUAGAAAAUGAGGAGUUGAAAUAGAAAAUGUCAUGCUUGGAGCACUGAACAAGCAGACACCCUCAAAAGUGUAGGUUCCCAUAGUAGCCAUUAUCUUUGAAAUCUGCUACUCCCUUGAUUCUGUACCAUAUAGAUUAUUUGCUUUGUGUAUUUUAAGAAGCAUAUUAGGGAGAAAUGCUGAAAUCGAUCAUUCUUCCUGGUAGCCAGUGAAGCUGACUUAAAAAGAAUACUAUGACAGAUCAAGGUAAAUUGCUUUUGAUAAUUAUAUAAGUGAUUUCUUUAUCAGCAGGUCACUAUAGCUUUCCUUAUUUCAAAAGUUUGAACACUAGGCAGACUGGAAGAAUUGUAGCCUCAUCUUUAGAAACUCAAGUUUUUAAUAGCAGAAAAGGAAUUUGGCAAUAGGCAACUUCAAUACUCAAAAGGGAAAAGUUUCCUUUACUAGAAGAUGUUUCUUAGAUGGAACUAAACAUGAUAACGAAUGGUCCUAUGUACCAGAAUUUUUGCUGAAACAUAAAGCUGAUAUGAUGCUGGGAAUAUGGCAUAUAUAAAUGAAGGUAGUAAAUCAGAGAUUUAAGAGUAGUUAUAUUUAUGGUAUCGUUUUCCAGCAAAUAGUUCUUAUAAAAGUCAUUUGUUCACCUAUGUAGAAACUUUUUUUUUUAACUGUGAAAGUCACAUGCAGCGUGUCAAAGAGUUGGUGUGUCCCUGAAUGUGAAGUUUUCUAGUCCACUGCCUGCCCAUCCACUGCCUGCCCGUGUGCUGUUUCUGGGUUUCUCAUCAGAAAACCUCAAAGGUCUGGAGGAGACCUUUGAGGCACCUCUUGGCAGGUAAUAAUUUCUUGCAUGCUGUCUUGUUAGGGAUGGAUCAUGAUGAUACAAAACCUUUUCUGAAAGGUUGCUCCCUGUUGUUACUGAGGAAUGAUGACAAUAAAAGGCCGAAUUGCAGUGUCUCCAUCAGCAGUUUGCUCUCUUUGUGGGUGCACGAUGACAAAACCUCCUGAAGCGAACCACUGGUCUGACCUCGGUAACAUCAGGACUGAAGCUUAAUGACUUGGGCAAGCUUUCCAAAAAAGGCAUUCCAUAGAGAGCUAAAAUGUUUUUUACAAUGCUCAGUGAAAGUUGGUCCAUAUUAGGGCUUAAAUAUUAGUAAAUACCUCUCUGUGUACUUUAAGAUACAUUUGCUGAAUACUACUAUCAUAAAAACACUAGCAGACCUUCAAGAACAGGUGUGUUCCCAUUUCAAUGAAAUAUCCAGUGCAACCAAAUUCUCCAGCCAAAGAGCUUAGUUUGGCAGUUCAAUUUGAGCAUGUUAAGGGUAAUUUGCUUGCUGAAGGCUAAGAUUAAAUCAGUGUGUUUGGAUUGUAACUGAAAUUUAAAGUGUACGUCCUAGUUAAAAGCAGUUUCUUCGGGCUGUAUAAAUCCCACUUGGGAAUUUACAUAGCUCUGGAUAUUGGCUUGAAUAAAAGCUAGUCUUGUGGUAUGUUGUUUCUGUGAUGCAACAUCUAAUUAGGAGACCCACCUAAGCCUUUCCCAGUAAUAAGUUUGAGAAAUUUUAUUUGCAAAAAUACUGAUAUAUGAAAGUGCCAUUUUUGCACUGUUAACAGCCUCACCUCUAAAGAUUUGCCUUCAUUUAGACAAAAUAUUGUGAAUUGAACAAAGUGUUUGCACUGCAUUCUUUUAAAAUGAAAGAAUGUUCUUUUUGAUGAGUUGUAGACUUACAUAAUACAAGCUACAAGCCAAUGAGAAACCUGGUAACACCAGUCUAACAGUGUGAUGCUGCUUAAAAUUAUGUGAAAAUAUGUAUUCUGUAGGAAUAGAGAGAGUGGAGCCAGUUCUUUAAAGUUGUUUAAAUGAAUAAACACUGUCAGAAUUAUUUGAAAUACUUCAGAACCCCAAAAAUUGAUUUUGAAGUAACUUUUUUCCCUAAUGUUACUUAUAGGGCUGUCUUCUUUUUUUAACAGGUAAUGUGAAGACACUAAAGGUAGAAACUGCAACUAAAAAAUUAAAAGAAUUCAAGAUGUGGUUUUUUUUUUAACAUAAAUUGAAACCAUUUGAUUACAAUUAAAAAUUGAUUACAGUUAUGAAUCCAAGACUGUAAUUUACUUUGCUGCAUGUAGACUCAUCUUUUAAACAUGUUUAAUGAAGAACCUUUCACUGGUGGUGUAAAUCUUGACUCAGGCUUCUGUUUAUAAAAUGUUCUAUUUUUCUAAAGCAGUAAAUCUAACUACAAUAGUAUCAUUAACUGUCACAAGAAACUCAGGAAGCAGUUACAGUUACUCUUCACUUUACAAGUGAAAAAACAGACUUGUACAAGGGCCAGUGCCUUGCUCAAAGCAGCUAAGGAAGGACAGCUUUGUAGGUAACAGUUGAGGUGUGAGCUAGGUGUUACCUAGGUUCAUGUAACUAUUUUUUGUUGGUAGCUUAUGUAAAAUAAAUUUUAAGAGCUUUCAAGUAAACGCCAAUGCAGUCUUGAAAUGAUCAGUAGUUGACUAUUCACAGAAUUUGUUUGCAAAUUUUUUAUUUGUAACCCUAAUCUUUGUGUUUUUUUAGUCUUCCAUGGACACAGAGUUUGAGUCACCUGACAUUCAUGUUCCCAGUUUCAGUUGACCAAACUGUCUUAUUUAAGCUCUUCACCUGGUCCAUGGGUGUGUCUUUUUCUCUGUUUACUACAUUUUUCACAUUGUGUGCAUUUGCGGUUUAAAAUGGCCCCCUUGCAAGGUACCAGAGUUCUGUGUACUGUUCUUAGGCAAAAGAAGGCUAUGACAUGUCUUCCAGAAGUGUUAGGCAAGCUCCGGUCAAGGUUGAGUUAAAUAUAUCAGAGAAGCAACCUAAGAUUAGGUUGCUUCCAGCAGUGGCAAAAACUGUAUCAUUCCAAAAAGUAUUUGACUAGAAAACUACUUUUCCCAAAGCUAAUAGGCAGAACAGUGGUGCACACUUUCAGGGUAAGAGAAAUCAAGGGUUGUGUCAUCAUUUGAAGUGUCUGCAGGCAGUCCUGUGUUACAGGGACUUGGGUC